GUUUGCCUGGUCACGUGUUCGUAAAAAUAAAAAACAUGGAGGAGUUUUAUAAGACAGGCACGAAAAGACCAAGUUUUAAUGGUAAUAGAAAGAGAGCUCAUCAAUGGACUGAGAGAAAUGAAAGAGCAUCAGCCACAAGAGUGUUCACUCUGCCUUCUCCUGCUAGCGGUGUCGAGGUAGUCUACACGAAAUGCCCGGAUGAUGCAGAUUUGUGGAUACACAAAAACAUAAACUCGUCUACCGUUGCUAUCGGCAUGGAUAUUGAAUGGAGACCACAGUUUAUUCCAAAUAAAUUAGGAGGAAAAGAAAACAAUACAGCUACACUACAGUUGGCAGUAAACCACUCCUGCCUUGUGUUGCAUCUAUUUCAUAUGCGUUUGGACUUGUUGCCUCGCUCCUUGUUGAAUGUGUUGGGUAAUAUCAGAAUACUUAAAGUAGGUAGUGGUAUUUCGGGAGAUGCAGUAAAACUUUUGCGUGAUACAAAUAUUUUGUGUAACGGGAGAUCAGACAUCCAAGUUUAUGCCAAAGUUCUUGCUUUAAACCAAGAUGGGACUGGUUUGAAAAAACUUGCCAAAACGAUUUUGGGAAUUGAGCUUGAUAAACCAAAGAACAUUUCCCUGAGCAACUGGGAGCUGUUCCCUUUAACAUAUAAACAAGUCUCCUAUGCCGCUCUUGAUGCCUGGGUGAGUUUUAAGCUUUUUGUCGAGCUGAAACAAAGACUACACAAAUCUGGACUUGUGCGAAAAACUGGUGAACAACACUUGAUAGAAACAGGUGUUCCCAUGGGUAAGAAAGCAGAGGCUAUGGUAAGCUGCAAGUCUUGUGGCAAGAAAUACAAGAGUAAAGCAGCCCUGUUGGAGCACAUUGAGGUCAAAAGUCAUCAAAGUCAUGUAGUUGAUGAUACGACAGAGAAGGAGGAAUCGCAUUCCAGAGACUUUGUAACUCAGCUGAAUGAACCAAAAGCUGAGCCACCCUUAGGACAUGUAGAUUGUAAAAAGUGUGGGAAGCUUUUUUUAAACAAAGUAUCUAAGAAUCACAAGAGAAGGUGCAAAGGAAAAGGGGAAAGUGGAGAAUUAUGAAGUUUUGGGAAAUUGGUAGUGAUCUAUUUAAUUAUCUCAAUUAAACAAUUUCUCUUGUGAACAGAUUCAUUCCUUUUGGCUUAUCUCCUCUGCUCAAGGGAAUUUUAAAAUUAUAUCCAUAGAUGUUGAUUCUUAUGCAUUUUAAUCAAACCUGUUUUUAUACAGUUUCUGUAUAACUUCUUUCUUUAUGAUAGGGAACUUGCUGUGCUUAAAGAUCAUGUUACCUUUUGGGUGGCAAAUUCAAGCAGAAAUAAACGCAGUAAUGACUGCACUCAUCACACCAGAGAAUGACAAAAAAUUAAAAUCUUUAAAGGAAACUAAACCCUUUCUGAAAACAAUUCAGGCUUUAUUUGUCAGCCCUAAAUAAGUCACUUUUUGUAACUAUUGUUUUGCUGCUAAAAGCCUGAGCAUGUGCUUGUUUGCCACCCAACGAGUCACGUGAUCUCUUAGUGGAAGCCCCCUAUUGGGUUAGAAUUCUCUGCUCAAUUGUCCCUUACUGUAAAUAUUCUACCAAAAGUUUCUGGAAAACUGUAAAGUGAGUAUAAGAGGCAGGGAGUGGGGGGGGGGAGGUCAGUAAAACAUGUUCUCAUUUCUGUAACCUCCCUACCCUCACCAUUAACACACAAAUAUUCCACAUUUUAACACUUAUCAAACAUGUGUCCAAAGAGAGUGGGGUAAUAGCUAGUGGUACAGAUUUUGCUUCUCAAGUAAGAGGAACAGUGUCAGGUCAACAUAGGUUUCAGAUGUGUAAGAACCUCUUCUUUGGGAACUGUGCACCCCUUGUGGUUUGGGUGACUACAUUAAAUGGCAAUUCCAUCUAA